AUGGCUCUACCGAAUCCCCCUCCUUAUCCACCACCACAAUCAUCAACAUUAUAUCACCUUGAUUCACCACCAUCAACUAACGGCACCACCUCUACCGCUCCUGCACCAUCCGUCCAAUCUCUCCUGGAUCAACAGUUGACUAUCACCCUACUCGAUCGUCGAACGAUUAUAGGCUACUUGAUCUGCAUAGACCACGAUCAGAACUUCAUCCUGAGAGAUUCAGAAGAAUACAAACCCCUUUACCCCAAACCUAUCGAACAGCUUAGCUCGGAGGAGAUAGAGAAGUGGGAUGAGGUGAGACGGAAUAGGAUCGAAUAUUGGCCUAGAUCCGAUCCUGAUGUCGUCAAUUCCACGGACACCGCCCUUGAGCGAGGGUGGGGAGGAAGGAAUGUAGGGUUAGUUUGUAUAAGGGGAAAGGAUAUUGGGAAGGUAGAGGCGGAUAAAGGCGUUUGGAAAGGGUUAGGUCGGGGUAUGAAGGUUUGA